AUGGAAGAACGAUCUGCAAGAGACGAAGACGGCUUAAAGGUCGAGGUACGUGCACUUGUUAAACAACAGAUAAAGGACUGUUACAAUCUAUAUCUGCAAAAAGUUGAAAAUGAUUUGGUCACAAAUCCGAAUCAUUGUUGGUUUUUCAUCCAGUCUAAGAAAGGCUCAUCUAGCAUACCAGAUAAUGAUUUAUACCAACAUCCCGUUGUUAAUACUCAGCAUGACUGUUUCCAUCUGGGUAACUUGACAGAUGAGGAUAUUCUAAAGGCGCUCUUUAAAUUACCAAACAAGUUAAUAGCAGGAGAAGAUCUGGUAACGAGCUUUGUAGUCCGUGAUGCGGCGGACAUAUUUGUCAUGCCUUUAAAGAAAAUUUUUAAUUAUUCCCUCAGUACAGCAACGUGUGCCCUAUUUUUAAGCUGGGGACCCUAG